AUGUGCCACUACCAGCAGCAUGUGCUCGUUGCCAUUGCCCUGAUGGUCAUGGCUGCUCCAAUCCUCCAAGGCGUCUCCUCCAAAGAAUUGCCUCGACAUCCGGUGACGACGGCUUAUGAUGUCCUCGCUCAGAACAACUUGCCACGGGGGCUUUUUCCGAUCGGCAUAGAGUCCUACGAGCUCAACGCUGGUGGCGCCUUCGAGGUGACCCUCCCCGGCGAGUGCAACUUCAUUGUCGAGUUCCCUGAAAAGAAAAUCAAAUUCCGGUUUGAUAGCAGCGUCAGCGGCACCAUCAAUUCUGGAUCCAUCAGCCGCUUGUCCGGUGCCGAGAUUCUAGUAGAGUUGGAGUUGCGUGGGUUCAACCAGGUCAGCCGCGCCGGUAACCUGCUCAACUUUCACCUGGAGAAUUCCAUCGUCCGCUCAUUCCCUGUCAGUGCCUUUGCGCAAAGCGUAAACUGCACCGGUCUUGAACUUUCUGCCUCUUCAUUUGUGACGACGAAAGGUUAA